UUCUAGGUGUUUAUCGCGAUUAUUUUUGGAAAAUAAAUAAACAUUUUUUGUCUAAAAAUUGAAGUGUUGUAAAUUCCGAUUUCCGUAAAAUUUUCAAAUAUGUUAUCAAGGUAUUGCUAUCGUAUGUAAAUUCGAAUCGUGAAAAAUUUUUCCACUCUGUGAAACAGAAUCGCUGCGAAUGAGUUAUCAGCAAUUAGAAAACUAAAUUGAGAAAUGGAUGUGAAAGGAUCGCAAGAAAAAUUCCUGGGACCCUCUCUGUACAAAAUCGCUUUAAAAGUGGUUUAUCAGAACUUCAUCAAACACGAUCCUGGUUUCGAUAUAAAAUCCUUACCAGAUCGGAUCGUCUUUGAUCUGAUUCGUCAAUGUUUUCAAAAUGACAAAACGCAGAAAUUAUUGUACGAAAAAAUGGACCUCGUCAUAUUCAUACAAUUGAUGAAAUACGAAAAGUACAGACCUAAAUUAAUGAAAUUUUAUCAAGCGCUUAUUAAUCACGACUAUCCUGUUGGCAUGGAAUUCGUUAACACUUUCACUAAAAUGUCAAUGGAUGCCGUCGAUUCGAAUGACGAUGAUCGUAUAAUCAAGUGUAUUCGAAACGGCUUACGAUUUGGCUCAUUUUUAAGCGAAGCUUCGUGGUAUUCAGAAAGCGAGCAAGUUCUCAGAUUAACGAAAACUCUUUCCCAUAGGUUACCAAAAACAGUAUUAUCGUACAAAUUAAUAUUAGAAUGCUGUCACAGAUUGUUUCACACUUUGACGAUGUUUUUUAAAUUCAACGAUGCUACAGAAAUUUAUCACGAAAUUACAAAUUUAAUGUCCAUUUUGGAGAAGAACGGAGAAUCUCCGAGCUAUAUUUUACUAUACACUGAAUUUUCAAAAUAUAGUUUUCUCAAAAGUAAUUACGAAGAAUCUUUCAAAUGGAUAAAGAGAGCUAUACUUUGCCUCGAAGAUAAUACAGCUAUAUCGACACAAAUCCAAGUCCUACGUCAAGCAUCUAAAGUAUGUGUAGUGAAAAGAGAUUUCGUCAAAGCCAAGUUCUUAAUGCACCAAGCGUUAGCUAGAGCCGAGUUACACUACGGUUCCGGAUACUAUAAACUGGCGAGCUUACUGCAUGAUUUUGGAUUUUAUUUAUUGAAUUCUGAUAAUAUCGAGCAAAGCGCAUCCGUUUAUAAUGAAGCAUAUAAGCUACGUAUUAGGAUGUUCGAUAGUAAAGAAAAAAAUCUUCACGUUGCGAUUGCAGAAGAAGACUUAGCCUAUGCUUUAUAUGUACUGGAAUACAGCUCGGGAUAUUUCGAAUGUGCCAUGAAGCACGCUGAAAGCGCCAUUAAAAUUAUGAAAAAUCUAUUACCACCUGGAAAUCUUAUGCUAUCGUCAGCAAAUCGUGUAAAAGCUUUGAUUCUAGAAGAACAAGCACUGGAUAGUUUUUUGAACAAUGCGGAAGAAGAUAUAACAAUCAUGUUAGAAGAAGCGGAGAAAUUACAUCAAGAUGCUUUAUCACUAACUAAGCACACGUUCGGCGAAGAAAACACCCUUACGGCGAAACAUUACGGUAACUUGGGUCGUUUGUAUCAAAGCAUGAAAAAAUACGAGGAUGCCGAACAAAUGCAUUUGAAAGCUAUACAAAUAAAAGAAAAAAUCUUAGGUCCUGAGGAUUACGAAGUAGGUCUUUCAGUCGGUCAUUUAGCAAGUUUAUAUAAUUAUCAUAUGGAAGAAUAUGAAAAAGCAGAGCAACUUUAUUAUCGCUCUAUAAAAAUAAAUUUGAAACUAUUUUCGGAAUCGUAUUCCGGCCUAGAAUACGAUUAUCGGGGACUAAUCCACGUCUACGAACAUUUGAACGAUAGAGUCCAAUCGGAUAAAUUUAAUAAGAAAUUGACCGAAUGGACUAAGUUACGAAGCCAGUGUAUACCCGAUGCUGUGGGUCCGGAUUUUUACAAAGUUCUCAGUCCAGCACCCAUCGACAGCGUUAAAAAUAUAUUCGAUAACUCAGCUAGUACUUCCACUGCCUGAACGUAGAAUGCACGUGUCGUAAAACGAUCACUUUCUCGAUUAUGUAAAUAUGAAACGCAUCUGAGAUGAUUUUUUUUUUUCAAAACCAUAUACCAAGCUUUAGGUAUUUUUAGGUCAUUUUCUUCUACGGCGUAUUAGUUGUUUCUCUACUCGUUGUAUUUUAACUCGGAGUCGGCAACCAUCAACUUUCAUGCUUUUUUUAAAAAAUGGUGAUAAUGUGUCACCUUUGUUUAAUCUUCGUGAAUUCGGUACGAAGAUUACUCUCGUAUGAUGUAUUAAAAGAAUGCAAUUUUCUUGGCGACGGACGCUGUUAUUUUUAUCUUUGAAAGUACUAUUUUUCUUUUUGAUGAUUGUGUCAUAAGACUGAAAGCAUAUCGAAAUAUACGCCGGAAUUUUCAUGCAAUUGAUGCAUUUUUACAUUUGGCUUUUAUCAUUAAAAAAAAACAUGUAUACUACUUGAGAGUUAGUAUAACUGAUAAAUAUCUAUCUUAGUUAUGUAACUUAGUUUCUAAUUGUUAUUCUAGUGAUCUAAGUUGUCUAUUCAUUCAUUUUAUGUAUUAAUCGAUCAGAGAUCGAUGAAAACCCGGUUAAUUUGCCCAAAAUUUGAUUACCUACUUCUGAUACUCAGCGCGUCGAAAUUAAGAUUUACUUUACAAAACCUACAAGGUUGAUAUGUUAAUUUUUCAAUCACGUUUGAUUAAGUAAGCGAAAAAAUUAUGUAUAUUUAUACUGAUAACAUUUGUGAGUCUGAAAUUUUUAUAAUUGCGAAUAAUUGAUUAUUACGUUUACCUGAUUUUAUUUUCGAUGGAGUUCCAUUAUUAGUCAUUUUUAGUUACUCAUAAUAAGCUCUUAUCAGCUGCAUAACAGAAUAUAUAUAUCUAGCUGUGAUAUUCAAUAUUUUUUUGGGAGUACAUCGGUGCGCCGGAAAAUAAAAAUUCUGCUUUUUUUUAUUAAAAUUGUUAAAUUUAAACGAAUAAAAAACGAGAAAAAAUAAUUUUGUUGCUUUUUAUACCUAUGUACAAUAUGUGAACGAGUUCUCUUCAAUCAUUACGUAAAUUUUUUUUUUGUUCCGUUUAGAAUAUUUUAAUUUUUUUUUUAAUAUGCUCAAAUUAUAGGCAGUAAAUUACGUUCGGUCAUCUAUUGUGUAUCUUUUUAUGUCUUGUUUUUUUUUCUGCCACGUGUAUAAAAUUGUGUCCUAUUUUCGAAAAUUCGAACAUUACUAGUGUAAAUAUUCCAUAGGCCAGCUAUAUAGCAAUAUUCGAGAAAUGAUAUAUCGUUUAAUUGCUUCAUUUACAUCGGAACAACUAUUAGUACGAAAAGAGUAACAAUAUUAAGUACGAAAGUGAAUUACGAUAAUUGUACCAUUGUUUGUAGCUGUAAAAUGUAUAAAUAUAUAAAAGUAAGAUUUGUUACCAGAAAUUUCACAAGUACCUACAACGUUCCGCGAGCUUGAAAUGUAAUUACAAAACGUACAUGCCAUUGAAUUAUAUUCGUAUGUAUUGGA